UUCUUGUAUUUACUUUUUUGGUAAAGAAACAAAAAGUUGGCGUCAGUCAAGGAAACUACCGUGACGGUUUCAUCCGUGUUUAUUUUAAGUUAAACAAGUGUCGUCAUGUCAAUUCACAAGAACCUUCAUACAGAGCGCUGAAGCCCCGCCUACCACGCUAUCGAAGCUCCGCCCACUAAUUGUCUUUAUUCUAGCUCAGAAACACCUCAGCCAACCACUCAAACAGGUAAAGGUGUGCUGAGCGUUCUGCCUGGAGCCACACAGGUGAACCGUUGUUUCCGGGAGCACAGCUGUCAUGGCUGAGUCUCAGCUAGUAUGCAUGGACGAUGAACAUGUUAACGUGAAAAUACCGGAGUCCAAACCGGAGUUUUAUUACAGCGAGGAGCAGCGGGCCGCACUCGAGCAGCUCUUGAAAAACGGGGAUGGCGCGUUCAAGAUGCGUCUCAAAGAGGAUAGUGUUAAAGACUUUCUCUCCGCAAGGGAAAUCAAAUGGAUGCGGGACACCUUCCAGGAAUAUGACAGCGACUCGGACACCUGCUGCUCACGGUCGCCCCAUGAUACGAGUGAAGACUCAGGUGUGCACUCAACCUACUGGCCGACCAUGUCUGAUACGGAGAUCCCUCCGCUGGACAUCGGUUGGCCCAGCAACGGCCAUUACAAAGGGGUAACUCGGGUGUCGGUUUACACCCACCCACCAAAAUCCAACAGUCCGCAUAUUAAAGAGGUGGUCCGCAGACUCGUUCAAGAAUCCACAAAGCUGGUUGCGGUGGUCAUGGACCUGUUGACGGACCUGCUGAUCCUGCAGGAUCUGUUAGAUGCUGCGAGUAAGAGGGGGGUGGCUGUGUACUUGCUGCUGGAGGAGCACGGCUUGCCGCACUUCCUAGACAUGAGCAGCAGGCUGCAGAUUUCUGUGCAGCACCUGAGGAACCUGCGUGUGCGAACUGUGAGAGGCUCUGGCAUGCCACUGUCCUUUGGUCGUCUGCCAGGAUCGCUGUGCUCCAAAUACAUGUUGGUAGAUGGAGAGAAAGUGAUGUUUGGAUCAUACAGUUUUACGUGGAGUUCCUCUAGGAUGAACCGCAACACAAUCACUGUGAUGUCAGGACAGGUUGUUGACUUCUUCGACAAUGACUUCAGAGAGCUGUAUGCUGUGUCUGAUAAAGUGGACCUGUAUCGUGAGUUUCACAUCAGUAAGCCGGCCCUGCCAGUUCCUGUGCUGAAAACGCCAACAGAACCCAACAAACUCACAAUUCCUGUAUCCACGUCACGCUUCCAGAUCUCUGUAGGGGACUCCAAACAGGCCGGCCUAAAGGUGCCUGCACAUAAAUACCAUAAUCCUAAGUACUCUUUAGUCGUUGGCAACAGUCUAGGUGUGACUGGCUCCCUGCAGGAUCUUUCUAAGCUGAGAGACUAUGUUGACCAUGCCUCUGUGAACAACAUGGAAAAAUUAAUCUACACCAAUGGGGACAGUGUACGUCCACAGUCCCCUACAUCCCCAGAUGGGACAGAGGAUGGUAAAGGCGAUGGGAAGAAGCCUUCGCUGUUUGGUUCUAAAAAGCAGCGCUCUUCCUUCCGCCAUUUCUUGAAAGGCAGAGCAAACAACCAGAGUCCAGACACUCUCUCUAAAACAACCCAUCAAAGCACAGAUGUGAAACAGGUCAGUCAUAAAGACACUAAGGUUACCAGCAACUCCAAGGAAGCAUCUUGGUUGGCCAAUCAUAUUAAUGAGCAAGAAGACGCAUCCAAACACGUCACUCCCGCUCCUCGCAAGAUCUCAGAGACUGACAGCACUGGUGAAGUUGAAGACACAUUUGAGAUGAUAGAGAAUCCACCACAGGUUAAGUUUAAACUCAAGAAGACCAAAAUGGGUCCAAGGAGUGUUUCUCUUCAGACUAUUGCCACAGAUGGUGAGGAUGGCCAGAGAGGGCGGAGGCGUAACCAGAAGAAGGCCUGUAUUCAGUCCUGAGGUAUCUCUGCAAAAGGAAUCAACAAGAAUGUGUGCUUAUAGAUCAGGAUUUUGGAUACAAGAGACAUUUCUAAGAGAAUAUUAACAAUAUAUGUUGUAAAAAAAGAGGACAUUUUUCUUUAUUAUGUUCAGUUUGGACAAGAUGUGGAUAGUGAUUCUCCCUACAAUAAUAUUGAUUCAGCUGUCAGCUGAAAAACUAAGUAUUGGUGCUGUGUUUUUAAAGGGAAGUGAGGUUGUUUGAACAACCUCCAAAAUGCUGCUGACGCUGCGAGGAGCUGGUGUCAGAAAAAAAAUGACUGAACUGUAGUGCGCUUUCUGUGAUCAUGUGACCUCCUGCCAGUUACAGAGGUGGACUGCAGAGAGCUUUGAAUGUAAGAGCGAAGAUGUAGCAUGCUACACAUAUUUCCUGUUCAGCAGAUCUUUGCCCUGCAUAUAUUUACCCAGGCCUAAUCAGUUGCACUUACCCAAUCCUCGAGCCUGUGGCUCCCUCAGAGUCAUAAAGGAAGGAGGGAAAAGCUCCAUAGCAAAGCUGACUGAUGACAGAUGAAAACAAGCCUGAUCAGUUACCAUUGAAGGUGCGGUCACAUUUACCAUUGCUCAGCAAAAUUUCCCAGGCGAAAUCCAAUCAUUUCAAUAUGAAUCUGUAAUAUUGAGAGUUUUGCUAGAGGGGGAAAAGGUUCCCCACACAGAUUUAAUUUGGUCCCAUGAAAUCGCUGCAUUGGUGUUCGAGCUGCUUGGUUUGAAAGUGACUUUUAAAUCAUUUUGUUCAACAAAAAGAAAAGCAGUCCAGCAAUGUAAAAUGAAUGGCUUUAUGUGUACAUGGCAUGAGUUGUACACUUUUAUUACUUUAUAAAUAUAAAUUUCUGUACUGUGUUUUUAAGAAUUCACACAGAACACAUUUUUGAUUUAAAGAUGCAUAACAAAUCUGGAAUGUAUAAGAACAUCUUGAGGGGGUUUUAUAAUAAAAGGCCGACAUCUGUUUUGCAUGUUUACAUAAAAAAUCAAUUACAAUGCAGCACAGUGGAAGGCAAAAACGUGUUCUGUGUGAACUAAUGGCGUUUGGAAAUAAUAGAUGUUAUGCAACUGAUUUUUAGAUCAAGAGUGCCAAUAAAUAAAAAGCU